AGAGUUGUUCUCGGUGGCACACGCAGCUACUUGCCGGCGAAGCCAUCUGAGAGGAACCGAUCGUCCGCCGUCGUCGCCGUGAGCGACUAACCAGCGUCGUGGCCAUGGCCCAGAUGCGUGGCAGGGUGGGCGACCCGGCGUUCUUCGCCGGCAGGCAGCUGCCCGGCUACGGCGCGGGGAAGGGGGCGCCCGAGGUCGACGCGCUCGCCGAGAGGAUGAAUGCGAUCGACGUCGACGGCGAGCCCGCGGCGGACAUGGCGGUGGACGACGUGGAGGUCGCCCGGAGGAUCAAGGUCAAGACGCUCACGGGCAGGGAGAUCGACGUGGACGUGGAGCCCACGGACCCCGUGGGCAGGAUCAAGGAGCGCGUCGAGGAGCAGGAGGGCAUCCCGCCCGAGCAGCAGCGGCUCAUCUUCGGCGGCAAGCAGCUCGCCGACGGCAAGACCGUGCGGGAGAGCAACGUCACGGCCGGUUCCGUCAUCCACCUCGUCCUCGCGCUAAGAGGCGGUCGUCGUAAUAAUAAGUAACUUUUGCUACAGUUACGAGGUUGCUGAUUGUAGAAGGUACACUUAAGGCUGCUGUUCUUACAUCCAACGGUUCAUAAUCCUUGGAUGACUUGUGGAUUUGUAGGUUUUUUUUCUAAUUGUCAUAUUCGGG